CCCAGCAGCAGCAGCGGCAGCAGCAGCAGCAGCCCUGUUCCAUCUGCGCACCGCUGCCUGCAGCACGGACACCGGGAGCGUCCGCUGCCUCUCCGCCGCUGAGGUGAGGCUGCACCCCCGUCCCCCCUCCUCUUCCUCCUCCGGUCCUCCUGGGAGCACAAUGCGCUGAUCUCUGUGGCAGGAUGAUUUCUGUUGUUUCCACGGUGGAGAGCGUCCCCAGAGGUACAGGCACCCCGGCGCCCAGCCUCUACCAGCGGAUCAGGAAGGUCUUAACCAGAGACCUCCUGGUGACCCUGGCUCUGGGCCAGGUCUUGUCCUUGUUAAUCUGCGCUAUCAGUCUGAUCAGCAAGUACCUGGCAGAUGACUUCAAUGCUAACACACCAGUGUUCCAGAGCUUUCUCAACUACAUCCUGCUGUUUCUGGUCUACACCACGACACUGGCAGUCAGGCAAGGAGAAGGGAACCUGCUGGCCAUUCUGAAGCAACGCUGGUGGAAAUACAUGAUUCUGGGUUUGAUAGACAUCGAGGCCAACUAUCUGGUCCUGAAGGCUUACCAGUACACUACACUCUCCAGCGUACAGUUGUUAGACUGUUUUGUCAUCCCGGUGGUCCUGCUGCUGUCCUGGUUUUUUCUCUUGGUGAGGUACAAGGCAGCCCACUUUGUUGGGGCAGGGCUGUGCCUGUUGGGUAUCGGCUGCAUGGUGGGAGCUGAUAUCCUACUUGGUCGGCAGCAAGGCCUUGGAGAGCAGAAGCUAUUUGGGGAUCUUUUGGUUUUGGGAGGAGCUACACUGUAUGGGAUCUCCAACAUCUGUGAGGAAUUCAUUGUGAAGAACCUGAGCCGUGUGGAGUUCCUCGGCAUGAUGGGACUCUUCGGAUCCUUCUUUAGCGGCAUCCAACUGGCAAUCAUGGAACACAAGGAACUGCUGAAGGUAUCCUGGGACUGGCAGAUAGGUCUUCUCUAUGUUGGUUUCAGUGCCUUCAUGUUUGGCCUGUACAGCUUCAUGCCCGUGGUGUUAAAGAGGACGAGUGCCACCUCAGUCAAUCUCUCUCUGCUCACAGCUGACCUAUACAGCCUCUUUUGUGGUGUCUUCCUCUUUCACUAUAAGUUCUCUGGCCUCUACUUGUUGUCAUUUUUCGUCAUUAUCUUGGGCCUGGUCCUUUACGCCUCCUCAUCUACCUAUGUGGUCCAGGAUCCACGAGUCUACAAGCAGUUCAGGAACACAGGCAGCCAGCCAGCCAACGACCCACCACCAUUUAGGCCUGCAGUCCCAGAACCUUCUGUCACCUACACCAGCCUGGGCCCCGAGCUGGGGGAAGAGCUUCCUGUACGUGUAGCCUAAAUUGAUCUGAGAGAUCUGGAAGUGUUUAAUCUGUCAGCAUGGUGGAUCAGUGCGUCAGCUGCAGGGUCUAGGUUAUUUACAGAGGAAUAGUGCUGGCUGUACCCAGAAUGCUGAGAAGGGUAGCAGCACAAUCACCCAGGUAGAUCCAGGUUUUCAUUUUUUUGGCCUUUACUGAGCGAUGUAGUCUCCAUCUACUCAGUUAUGACAAAUUUAUGUACCCAAAUAUGUACCUGAUACACAAAUGACCAGAAUGUAAUUAAUCAAAAAGCAAAGAAAGUGAAUAUGUUGAGUUCACUGUGAUCAAAGACUGAGUAGAAAGUAGUGACUGUAAAUAGAUGGUAUUGUAAUUGAAAUGAUUCUCUUCCUUUCUUUUUAUAUCUGUCAAGAAUGUUUUUGUGUAUUACCUGUGUAUAUGCUGAAACUGUUUUCAUCAUAUUGAAGUCUACAGUGUUUCUGAAUCCACCUGCUCCAAUUCAGUGACAGCUUUAGUCUUUUCUGUCUGUUUAACACACUGGGGUCACUAGUGUACAUAGUAGUGGCAGACAGCUCCUCGUGGUUCAUCAAACAACUUUGUCACCAAGGUACUACGUUUUGCUGUGUAUUUUAAACAUGGUGGAUAUAUUGUAGGCUGGUAUAAAUAUAUAUGCAGAUAUCAUAUAUUUAAGUUUGAAUACAACAAAAAAGCUUUCCAUAUUUACCCUCCAGAAGGUCAUUCUGAUAGUGUGAAGAAGGCUUUAAAUCAGUGUUUCAUCCUGAGAAGUACAAUUUACAGAAAAUGAUGAAAACAACUGAUGAAAAAAUCGCAAACAUCAUUCAUAACCACUGUCAGCGGCUAAGAUGCGCUGGCUGCAUCAUGUAGUUUUUGGAGGGCGUUGUUGUAUCUUGGGCCAUGUUAAAUCUAAAUAUGGAUAAGAGCUUUGACAGGCUAUUAGAAGUGAUGGGGGACAGAAUCCAUGGCCCCCCUCCUCUCUCUGUGUAUAUUGCAAAGUUUAUCUGACAUGAUUAUGAGGAUUCAGCAGUCUGAGUCAGUGAAACCACCUGGGUAUCUUCCAAAGUGUGUCUGCAGUGUCUGAGCUGCAGUGAGGGGAAGUGAGGAAAUUUCACAAUAAAAAUUCAGUAAUAAGAAAAAAUCCACUUAAUUUAGCUCCAGUGUCAUAUUGGCCUCAGAUAAACUUUGGAUUGUUCGCACUUGAUCGAAAAUAUCCUGUACAUCAGAAGCACAUAAAGGAAAGAUCUCUUAAUAGCCAGUUUGAACAGAUAAGAACAAAAACCUAUCCUUUCAUUUGGAGUGAGCUGUAGAUGUGUGGUACUAAAAGGCCAAAGCCUGCAUUUACAUAGAGUAAAAGAGUUGAAGAAUCGACUGCUUCUCACAUUUUAUUGUUACGUAUCGUUUAGUAUAUUGUUUGAUGUAUUAUGUCCUUUUGAAGUCAGAGAGAUCCUAGUUGGAUUUUGGGUGGGGAGCUCACCAUUAUUGGCUAUUGGGUUAUUGUAAUUUUUGCAUAUUUUUGUCUGUAUGUGUAUGUUUAGUUUUUU